UUCGCCAUUAAUUGUGACCGAGACACGAGCUGGGCACGGAAAUCGACACCAGGGAUAAUAUAUAACUUCUGAUAAGGGCUCUUUUAAUUUGAAGAUCUAUUUAAACAAGGCUGCAUGGUGAUAAAUAUUUUACACGUGGCAAACAACCAUAUGGACUAGUGGAGUUAGUGCAGUGCUUCUCAUAGAUCUACUAUAUGGGCGGACUUUGAAUUUUGGAGAGAAAGAAUGAUUUCAUAGUUUGUAUGUGAUGUCAACGAUGCCAAUUGCUGUCAAAAGGACUUCUUCUCAGCGAUCGCCACCCCGGACAAAGAGGGGGGCCUCGGUCAGAAGGGCCAAUAGCUUUAACCUCUUGGCUAGACCCAGUAAACCAGGUGACCGGCUUAACGUCGAGACGUUGUACAAUUUGUCCCCCUACCGAGACGGGGUAGAUGAAGUGUCGGAAUAUGCCCGCUCAAUAUUGAUUAAUGCAGUGAAAGUUGAACCACAUGUGCAUGACACCUUUUUCCCAAAUGAAACUCCGGAUCUUCUUUUGGAAUUCUUGGAUACCCGAGGAUUUCCGAUGGACAAAUUAGCAACGGGAUUGGUUGCGGAAAGUAUAUCCAAGAUCAAAGACCAAUAUAAAUUUCAUCAAAUGAUUGACAAUAGCUCGCUCCAAAAUCUUCUUAGGGAAAUUUAUAACAGUCUUCAAUGGAAAAAACUAGGUUUCUGUCUCUACUCUUUAACUUAUCCCGAGGUUGUCCGAGAUGAGAGGACCGGGGUCAAUCUUAAAGACUUCAUUGAAGACAACGGGCACGUCUGGGCGGAGAAGCUCCUGGCUCACAUUAUGGAACCCCAGUGGACCAUGACGUGGAUAUUCCGCAUCGUUCGGGGUCAGUGCACAGAGAUGGACUACAAUAGGGAAAUGAAUGCCCUCUUUGUCAAGCUUCAUCUGUUAGACCCUCAAGUGGUUAUUCCAGCCUUCCAAUUUCUUCAGAACCAAAAAGCCCUUCCGUCCGUAAACUUAGAGUUGGCAACGAGAAACUACCUAGGAGGUCCACUGGACUCCUCCCUGCUGGAGGAGGAGGUCCGGGCGGCGGAGAACAAGGAUUCGGUGCCUCUGAACGCCUCUCGUAUCAGCCUGUCAGACGUACAGAUCACGUAUGGAGUGGACGUAGAGGAGUUUAUAACCAGUGAAUGUGGAAGUCUCGAUAUCUGGAACGAGAAAAGACCCGAAAACUCGAAGAUAUCGAAAGCACGUGACCGAUGUGUUGUCAUGUGACUUCAAUGACGACGAACUAAACGAGAAGAUUUGAUCUUUUGAUCAAUUACUUUUCAGCAUCAUUUCUCAGCAUUAAAUCACACAUAUACCAUGAAAGUCACUGUCUCAACAUAUUGCACUAUACAUUCGACAAUCUUCAAUACUCAUACAUUUUUGUUGCUUCUUGCAUGCACUUUUGUAUAUACAUGUAAAAAAGAUUUAAAUAUUAUAAUUUUGA